ACCUGUCGCCGUAAGAACCAGCCGCCAAGAUAUAUUCGAUUCGCGAGGUUUCGCGCGUGAACGCCGCGGGAACCACCGUCGUAUCUGGUGAGAAAUAAAACGGGGAAACAUUCGUUUCUUUGCCAGCGAUCGAUCAUGAAUAUCGAGGGUAAGAUCGCGCUCGUCACCGGCGGAGCGAACGGAAUCGGCUUCUGCGCCGCCCGGAAACUCCUUCGAAAUGGAGCGAAGACGGUGGCUCUGUUGGAUCUGAACGAUUCCGGUGGUGAGAGCGCAGCCGCUGAAUUGAACAACGAGUUUGGCAAAGACCGCGCCAUCUUCAUCGCCUGCGAUGUGUCGAAGAGCGAAAAACUUAAAGAAUCGUUCAAAAAAGUUGUCGACAUGUACGAGACAUUAGAUAUUCUCGUCAACAUCGCGGGCAUUAUGGACGAUGCGGAUUGGGAAAUAAUGGUUGAUGUCAACUACAAAGGCAUCGUUCAUGGAACUAUCUUGGGAUUACAUAUUAUGGGGAAGUAUAAGGGUGGCAAUGGUGGAGUCAUCGUAAACAUGUCCUCUGUAGCUGGCCUCGAGGGCAUCCCCAUAGCGCCAAUUUAUGGCGGGACGCAGUACGCCAUUGUUGGUUUCACUCAGUCGUUGAAGCAUUAUUAUGAGAAAACUGGUAUCCGUAUGCUGACGAUAUGUCCUGGACUAACGACCACAGCUAUGGCUGCCAGAUUUAUGUCCUCCAAAGAACACGCUAUGGAUCUUCUCGAUGAAGAAACCGCGGCUAUAGCAAUGGCCUCUAUGCAGAAACAACCGCCAGAACAUGUAGCCACUGCUAUUAUCCAAUUAAUCGAACACGGGAAGAACGGCGCCAUUUACGUCAUCGAAAACAAUCAACCUGCAUACGCGAUCGAAAUUCCUAGUUAUAGCGCCUUAAAAGUCCCUAUACCUGUUUACAUGCUCUUACAUGUUAAUCGACAUUACGUAUUUAUGUAUAUGCGCUUUUAUAUAACACAUUGCUCCAUAUUAAUCUUUCCAAAACACAUAUUAUUUUAUAUAAUUUCAUUCUGUAAUCAGUCCUUCUUUGAUUUCGAACGACCAUUCAGAUCCGUCUACUGGAAAACCGAAUAUUUUGCAGAAAUCACGAUAAUGAACAACGUACAGGACAAGACCGUUUUGAUCACCGGUGGAGGUAGUGGACUCGGUUUAAUUUAUGCUGAGAGACUAUUGCAAGAUGGAGCGAAGGUAGUUGCUAUCAUAGACUUAGACAACUCGUCCGUACAAGUGGCAGUGUCCCAAUUGGAAAUGGAAUUCGGCAAAGGAACCGCUAAAUAUUUCCCAUGUGAUGUGAGCAAUGCUGAACAAUUUGAAGCGACCUUCAAAAAGGUUUGGGAUACUCUGGGUGGCCUGGACAUUCUUAUUAACAAUGCUGGUUUACUUAAUGACAUAAAAUGGCAGCGAACUAUUGGCGUUAACAUUAACGGCGUAAUCCAAGGAUCUUUGCUCGCUUUGGAUUAUAUGGGCAAACACAAAGGUGGCAAAGGAGGCACCAUAGUAAACAUCGCAUCGAUCGUGGCUCUGAAAAUCUUCUCUGAAAUACCUAUUUAUUGUAGCAGCAAACACACUAUCUUGGCGUUCAGCCGUUGCAUACAGGAACACUUCGACAAAACUGGCGUUCGCAUUCUUGUGCUUUGCCCUGGUGCCACAGCAACGGCGCUCCUGGAUGAUGUGACAGAGAAAUGUUUAGACUUUGUUGAUCAAAAUACUAUUAAAACAUUGCUAGAAUCACUGCCGAUACAAUCAACGCAACACGUAGGAAGAGGCAUGGUACAGUUUCUCUUGAAAGGUGAAAAUGGAGCUGUCUGGGUCAUUGAAAACAAAGAACCACCAUACGCUGUUGAGUUUCCACCUUACAAAAAGGUGGAGGUGAAGCUCUAAAGACGAAUGACUAAUCUUUUAUAUUGUAUUAUUAAUUUGUCCCAUUUUGUACUUAAAGAAGACUUCUGAAACAACUGAAAUUCAAAUAAUGGUAUUUAACGUACUUUAGCAAAUUACAACCUAUAUACAAGCAUAUAUAACGUAAAAAAGACAUUUUUCUUAAAAUAAAUAAAUUAUUGAAAGAAAAA